AUGGCCGUUAAUCCACCGAGCGAUCCCACUUUCUUUCAAGACUUUGAAAUCAAUGACUUUAUCUACAAGACUGUGGGUGACCAUGAUAUUGCAUUGUCAAUCCUUGUCCCGAAGACUAUAUUGUCGGAGGCGAACAGCUCGCAUGGAAAGAGACCCGUCAUUACUCGAUUCCAUGGAGGGUUCUUGAUUGGAGGGACUCGCACAUACACCGACUGGUUUCCUAAGUGGCUCCUUGAACUAGCCAUCUCUCGGCAGGCUAUCCUGGUCACACCGGACUACCGGCUCUUGCCCGAGUCCAAUGGCCUGGAAAUCCUCUCUGAUCUAGACUCCUUUUGGUCCUGGAUACAACGUGAUUUUGAAUCAAGCCUUGCGAGUGCUUAUCCUUCUUCCACCAUCAAACCCGAUCUGGACAAAAUCCUCGUAGCAGGUGAAAGCGCCGGUGGCUAUCUCGCCGCACAAAGCAUGCUACUCCAUCCGGAGGUCAACAUGGCGGCUGUCAUAUUAGUCUACCCGAUGGUUCAUCUUCGUGAUCGAUUCUGGGAUGAGAGCUAUGAGAAACCAAUGUUCGGUUCAUCACAUCUACCAUUCGAUAAGGUUGAGCAGCAUCUCCGAGAAUUACCGGACGGUCCAAUCGUGACUGGAGACGAAAGACUCGAGAAAGGAGCAGAGACAAACCGGACCGAUCUAGCAGUCCGAAUCGUCCAGAAUGGGAGAUUCUUGGAGUUCCUUGGUAGGCAGUCAGAGGUAUUUCCGGUGGAGAACAUUGCUCGGGCGACCAAAUUGCCGCCGUUUAUUUGGAUAUUCCAUGGUAAGGAGGAUACGGCUGUACCAUUCUAUGGAAGUGAGCGGUUUGUUGAAAAGCUCCGCACCGAAAAGCCGGGAGUGAAUGUUAAAUUUGAGGCGUAUGAUGGUGAUCAUGGCUUCGAUCACGAUGCGACGAUUUCGAAAGGAUGGAUGAGAGAGGGAAUAAUUGAGGUUGGUAAAUAUUGGUAA